CUUUUGUUCCCAAGCUUUCAUCUCUCCCUCAACUCAAACUCCAGGUUCGAAAAACGGAAAUAUUUAACAUUUAUCUGCGAUUGGUUCCUUAUAGAUGGCGAGCAAUAUCAUCAUGUUUGAGGAUAUCUUCGUGGUUAAUAAGCUCGACCCUGAUGGCAAAAAGUUCGAUAAAGUUACUCGCGUUGAAGCUACGAGCCACAACUUGGAAAUGUUUAUGCAUCUAGAUGUUAACACAGAGGUUUAUCCAAUGGCUGUUGGUGAUAAGUUCACACUUGCUAUGGCUCCCACGCUGAAUCUCGAUGGAACCCCUGAUACUGGAUAUUUUACUCCGGGGGCAAAGAAAACACUUGCUGAUAAGUACGAAUACAUCAUGCACGGGAAGCUUUACAAGAUCUCUGAGCGUGACGGCAAAACUCCAAAAGCAGAGCUAUAUGUUUCAUUUGGCGGCCUUUUGAUGUUGCUUAAGGGAGAUCCGGCUCACAUUUCUCACUUUGAACUCGACCAGAGGCUCUUCCUACUCAUGAGGAAGCUGUGAGAUGCCAUUGUCUGAUCAUGUCCUGGUACUUUCAGCAUAGAAACCAGAUUAACAGAGAGCUUGAUGCCCUGAUCUAAUGUACUUUUGCUACUUCAACUUAUGUUAUCUCAAUGAAGCAACUCUAGUGUAAAAGCAAGUUCCUCCGUACCGUUUUGACAUUCUAUUCCACAAUUUGACUGCUCCGGUAAAAUGUGUUUGUAGCUCUCAA